AUGAUUUUGGUGGCAGAUCUGUCAGUAGGUACAUAGUCACUGCGUGUGUGUUUUUCCUCUGAUAAGUUCCAAGAGACAUGCAUGGAUCUUGUAUUUAGUUAAGACUCUUAGAGCUUCGAUUUUCCACAUUUUGGAAAAAAUAAUUUGUCCAUACCCCAAGGAAUGUGAUGAUUUGCAAAAAUGUGAUACUAUUUCCUGAUUAAUGUUAGCUAUCGUAAAAUAUUCUACACUGGGGUUAAGUCAUUUCAACUUUUGCGAGCGCUGCCUCAGCUUUAAGAUGGCUAAGAUAAAGCUGUAGAGCUGCCCGAGCAACAUGUGGCACUUUGGAUUGGAGGGUUAUUGUAACUGAUGUUGGGGGAGGAGACUAACAGCUGGACAGUGCCACAGCUCUGCUCUUAAUUUCAAACAGUCUCCUCCUUUAACUUGAUGAUUUCGAGGAAGUAUCGCUCCCUCAUCUUCAGAUGCACUUAGCAGAGGUAUGCCAUGGAUCCGUCCACAUCCUAUAGACCUCAGUAAUGUUUUCCACACUAAUGGGAAGCAAAAAAGCUCCAGAAAAUUCCCGCAGGAACACCAGUCCACUGGCACAGACUCUGACUGAGAAACACCUGUCUGUACAUCGAUCGCUGUCAGUCCGUCACACACCUGACCCUAACAAGACUGCAGCUAAAUCCACUGUUACCUCCAUGAUGAUUACAAAAAGAGCCCCUCUGAUAAAAAACCUGAACUUCUCCUCAGUCCCACCAUCUCAGGAGACAUCUCCAUCCCAGAGUCCCUGCGGUCAGCCCCCUCGAGCCCUCGCCUCGUCAAAUCAAGAACUCCUCCAGCAGAACGCUGCGCCGCCAAACCAGGAGACCCAGAAGGCUCCAAAGUCGCAUCGCAACAGGCACCUCAAGCGUUUCAACUCCAGGUGGCAGUCGAGGAACUCAGCCGGCAGCUGCAACAUCCCGGCCGCCGCCAUUGAAAAGCUGAACGUUGCGAAGAGCCACAGGAAGCGCUGUAAGCUGCUGGGAGAUGAGCCCUCCCUACACGUUGUGAGCAGCAGUCGGCGGCAGCGCUACGUGGACAAAGAUGGCAAGUGCAGGGUCAACCUGGGCCCGAUCAGAGACAAGAGCCGCUUCCUCUCAGACAUCUUCACCACCCUGGUGGACCUCAGAUACCGCUGGUUCCUUCUCGUUUUCAGCAUGUGCUACAUUCUCACUUGGCUGGCUUUCGGGUUGAUCUACCUCCUGGGUGCUUGGCUGCGUGACGAUAUUUCACACGUGCGUGACCCCGAGUGGCAGGCCUGCUACCAGAACGUAGACGGUUUCCUUUCAGCACUGCUGCUUUCGCUGGAGAGCCAGAGGACCAUCGGGUAUGGCUCCAGGAUGGUGACGGCCAACUGCCCCGAGGGCUCGUUGAUCCUGAUGGUCCAGUCCAUCCUCGGCUCCAUCAUCGAUGCUUUAAUGGUGGGCUGCAUGUUUGUGAAAAUCUCCCGGCCGCAGCAGAGAGCGCAGACUCUGAUCUUCAGCAAACACUGCGUGAUUUGCGAGCGCGAUGAGAAGCUGUGCUUGCUCUUCCGCAUUGGGGACUUGAGAGAGAGUCACAUGGUGGACGCCAAGAUACGGGCCAAGCUGAUAAAGUCCAGGCAGACCAAGGAAGGCGAGUUCAUCCCGCUGGAGCAGUCGGAAAUCAACCUGGGCUACGACACCGGGGGGGACAGGCUGCUCCUGGUGGAGCCCCAGACCAUCACUCACAUCAUCGGUGAAAGCAGCCCCUUCUGGGAGGUGGGGGCGGAGCGGCUCAGGAGGGAGACCUUUGAGAUCAUCGUCAUCCUGGAGGGCAUUGUGGAAGCAUCAGGAGCAUUUCGUGUGGACUACGGUGCAUUUGACAAAACCUUUGAGGUCCAGAUGUCACCCCAGAGCGCAAAAGACAGAAGCUCUGAAAAAGAUCAAGAAGUUGUCAUUUAG